CCACAUGCAAACUUGCAUCACAUGCCUCACAUGCAUCACAUGCCCACAUGUAAACUUGCAUCACAUGCCUCACAUGCAUCACAUGCCCACAUGCAAACUUGCAUCACAUGCCUCACAUGCAUCACAUGCCCACAUGCAAACUUGCAUCACAUGCCCCACAUGCAUCACAUGCCCACAUGCAAACUUGCAUCACAUGCCUCACAUGCAUCACAUGCCCACAUGCAAACUUGCAUCACAUGCCUCACAUGCAUCACAUGCCCACAUGCAAACUUGCAUCACAUGCCUCACAUGCAUCACAUGCCCACAUGCAAACUUGCAUCACAUGCCCCACAUGCAUCACAUGCCCACAUGCAAACUUGCAUCACAUGCCUCACAUGCAUCACAUGUAUACAUGCACACAUGCCUCACAUGCAUCACAUGCACCACAUGCAUCACAUUUUACCAUGUCCCGAGUUCGCCCCUUCUCUGUGAGAUGCCCAUGUUGUGCACCCAGCCCUACCAUCCACCAUUCCUCGUGACUCCCACCCCUACCAGCCACUGAGAGCCGCGCCAGCCACCUGUUGAGUCGACUCAAAAGCGCUACCAUCCACCAUCCACCAUCCACCAUCCACCAUUGCUCGCUCCCACCCCCACCAGCCACCAGGCACAACAGCAGCCAAGUCAGUUCCGUGCAAGACGAGAGGGAUGUGUUUGACUUCUUGGGCCUGCCGUGGCUGGAGCCCCACGAGCGCAAUCUCUGACAUCUCUGACAACCCUGUCGGAGCAGAAUCUCUGACACCUCUGACAACCCUGUCAGAGCAGAAUCUCUGACAUCUCUGACAACCCUGUCAGAGCAGAAUCUCUGACAUCUCUGACGCCGGUAGCAGAAUUUGUAAGAGCCGGGCCCCUGAGAGGAAUCUAUGUUAGGUGUGGCUGAUGGCUAUAAGCAAUCCCAUGCAGAGAGUGUUAUCUUCCUAAUAGAAUGUAGCAUGGACAGGAGAAGCCAUUGUUGCAGUCUGCACCUGUUCUCACCAUCACCUUAUCCACGAGGCUUGAUGCUGUGUGGGUGUGUCCCUCGCUCCGCAAAAAGUGUCAGCCGCUCCGCCAAAAGUGUCCAAAGGUGAAUCCAA